AUGACCCCCAAAGCGUCAGAAAUAGCGUCAAAUGCUGGCAGGCCGCCGGUUGCACAGGUGCGGGAAUUCUUCAGCUCGUUCCCUUGGGGGACUGCGGCAGCGGUUGCCGCGGAGUGUGCUGGAAGUGCUGCCGCCUUCUGGUGCACAUGUGCGUCUUCGGUGUUACUCCAGAAGAGUUUGGGAAUAUCGUGUGCCUCGAAAACUUGCAAAGUAUUCGGUGUGGCUACAGUUUUUGCUGCGAGCAAUGCAGCAGCGGCUGCAGCAGCGACAAUUCGAUGCGCCGGUCAACUCUGCGGAAUCAAAACGCCGGGAGAGAAGCUGGUAUUUGCUGACGUGGGGAAGGCAGCCGUUCACAGGAUGCAAUCGGUUAGUGCUUUGCCAACCGGAACAAACGAAGGCGCAGCAGAUGCUCCGCUCUCAUCUAGCAGCACAAUCUGUGCGACUGAGGGACUGAAGGCGUGGUCAGAUCACAUGAUGAAACUUGGACUAAAGGAGGGGCUUCUAGGCUGCACUGUCUUCUGGCUGUUGGGGGGAAGGUUUUUUCGUCUGUCCCCGAGUUCCCUGCUAGCUCCCGGAGCUUUCCAUCAAAGCCAUCUGUCUCUACGCGCCGGCGUGGACUACGCUUCGUUUGAGGAGCGUCGAUUCAUAAAGAAGCUUGGAGAGACAUUUGGAUGUCACACUUGUGGAAAGCGCCGGAAUGUCCAAGAGUGGAUUGCCGACCAUCAGCCACCAAAGCGAGUCGUGAUUGUCUUCAGCCAGACCUGGCUCGGCCGAUUUUAUGGCUUCUUCAGCCGUGCCAUGGGUGGGACUCGGUAUAUGCCACAGCGAUUUUAUCCACAGUGUAGAGAAUGCAGUAUCAAGCAAGCUAGUGUCGUAAGGAAGCCCAAGCCAUCGCGUAAGGACCUCGUCGUUGACUGCUGGAGCGUCCGUCCAUACCACUUUACUGGCGGUGUCCUGCAUAUCCUGCGCUUCAUUGCUGGUUGGUGA